CGAGGUAUCAACUAACACGCUUUGCCUCUGUACCUGCGCUGUUGCUCCCUGCAUCGUCGCCCGCCCUCGUCAUUCCGCCGCCGAUUCGAUUCCGCCGGAGCUUCAACGACAAGCCCGCCCAACCGCCAACCCCGCCAUCGGCCACGGCCAGCAGACACCGCUCCCACUACAUCAUCCCCAGCACUCACUCACCCACCACCCUCAACCUUGGCGGCGCUACCUCACCCGGGCCCCACGACAAGCUUGACAGCUCGCACACUGAACACCCACAGUACAUUGCGUACGAACACAGCAGAGCACUCGCUACUCUUGAUCGCACGCCGCUGGUGUCCCGCAAUCCUUGUCCAGAAUCAUGGUAGAAGCCGAAGGCAAUCCCACGACGUGGAAAUUCACCCAGUGCUUCGGCGACAAAGGCGAUGUUGAAGACAUAACCGAAGCCGACAUCAUCUCAACCGUCGAGUUCGACCAGACGGGUAACUACCUUGCAACCGGCGACAAGGGCGGUCGUGUGGUCUUGUUCGAGAGGAACGAGACGAAAAAAACCUGUGAAUACAAGUUCCACACCGAGUUCCAAUCGCACGAGCCUGAAUUCGAUUACCUGAAAUCUCUCGAGAUCGAAGAGAAGAUCAACAAGAUCAAAUGGUGCCGCCGGCAAAACGCCUCACACUACCUGCUCUCUACAAAUGACAAGACAAUCAAGCUAUGGAAGGUAUUUGAAAAGUCGCUGAAAGUGGUAGCGGAGAACAACUUGUCACACGAGUUGACACCUGGAGGUGGGGUUGCUGGUGGGGGUGGUCCCGUCAGGAACCCGAAUGCACAGUUCCGCAGCGCCACCGAUCUGAAGCUCCCACGGCUCACACAUCACGACACAGUUGUCGCCGCAGUACCGCGAAAGACGUAUGCCAACGCACACGCCUACCACAUCAACAGCAUAUCGGUCAACAGCGACGGCGAGACGUUUAUUAGUAGCGAUGAUUUGCGAAUCAACCUCUGGAACCUGAACAUCCAGGACCAGAGCUUCAACAUCGUCGACAUCAAGCCCGCUAAUAUGGAGGAGCUGACGGAGGUCAUCACCGCUGCUGAGUUCCACCCUAUCAGCUGCAAUUGGUUCAUGUACGCAAGCUCUAAGGGUACUAUCAAGCUGGCUGAUAUGCGCGAGAGUGCUCUAUGCGACCAGCAUGCAAAGCAAUUCGAGCAAGAAGAAGAUCCAUCUUCGCGAUCAUUCUUCUCUGAGAUCAUCUCAUCCAUAUCCGACGUCCGGUUUUCACAUGACGGAAGAUACAUUCUGUCACGCGACUACCUGACUGUCAAGAUUUGGGACGUAAACAUGGAAAAGACUCCGGUCAAGACCAUCCCAAUUCAUGAACAUCUACGACCGAGACUCUGCGACACCUACGAAAACGACAGCAUUUUUGACAAGUUCGAGGUUGUUUUCUCUGGGGAUGCGAAGAACGUCAUGACUGGUAGCUACAACAACAACUUCAUGAUAUACCCAUCCGAUAACGACAAAGACACCGAGGUAGUUUUGCAGGCCGACAAGUCUGCAUUCAAGGCGAAGAAGGUUGGAAUCCCAACACCCAUGAACUCGUCGACAAGCCCGACAGGCAGCAACACAAGUAAGAAAGGUGGCUCGAGGGCCGGCAGCCCUGCUGCUGGUGCAGUUGGACAGGGCCAACGCAUGAGGAAGGAGACGGACGCAGAUCAGAUCGAUUUCAACAAGAAGAUCUUACACAUGAGCUGGCAUCCAUUCGAAGACAGCAUCGCCAUAGCAGCGACAAACAACCUUUUCGUCUUCUCCGCAUUGUAGGGGUAGCCUUGAUUCGCGAACAUCGCCACGGAAUACAUGUAAACAGGAGCAUCAGCUUGUUGGGUUUCUGGUCAUCUUUACUCUUCCAUCUUCCUUUCAAUGUUGGCAGCAGCCUGCCAGGCGGCGCUAGGAUGAUAGAACAGGAGCAUUCUUGGCGAAUCGGCGUGGGAAUGCAGAUGAGGAACGACGCAAUGUGGUUUAACGAUCGGGUAACCGCAGAGCAGUGUAGAUUGCAACACCACUAUAAUGACUCUGAGUGGUGCAGAGAAAGAACAAAAGAAACUCUCAUCAACA